CUCGAUAAAUCUCUAUAGUACUUUGUCAUCUUGCUCGUCGUUCGUCGAGAAUCCUCGUAAUCCCCGAAGCUUUAAUAAAUCUUCUGCUCGAGCAACAUCGCUUCUCACCUAUGAUUUCUCGGGAUGGCCAAUUACCGUGUUCGGCGAUCGCGAGAGACACGCAAUUGGCAGAUAUUGCCUUCUCGACGAUCGGUACAAUUAGCUCGCCUCAAACGCGUGCUAAUUCACAGCGAAACGCAACCGCUCCAUUUCUCCGUUCGCUCUUCUCGCCCGUUUUACGUAAUUUCGUGCGCGGCGCGAGCUCGUAAAGAAUUUACGAGACCAGGCCACGCACAUGGACAAAUCACGCGGAAAGAGCGGAACGUCCACCAUGAAACGAAAUAAAAUUUCUUCGCAUUCCACCAUUUCCUUUUACGGCCUACGCUGUACCGGCUGUAAAAUUCAACGGCGCGGUGGCGCCGUGAUAAGUCGGGGAUGAAACGACCAUGCUACCCUUUUUAUUGCCGCUUAUUUACUCUAUUUCCGAGCGGAACGAUUCGCACCACGAUUCUGCGACCACAGAAUUAAUUUUGAUCCAGCUCCCUUUUCGUCCAGAGGAGAAUGUCUUGUAUGAUAGAUCACGAGGUUUUUAAAACAUCGGUCUGAGUCAUAGCGAAUCAUAGUGAAUGGGACAAUUCUAGAGCAUUUCAGUGGUUAUUAAACAAUGUGAAACGUAAAGCGGAAAGUCUUUUUAACGCAAUUUGCCUUCGUUGAAGAAUUUUCGCAAAAACACUUUUUAAAAUCAAAUCGCUUAAAAGCUGCAUUAUGAAUUUAUAGUUAAUUAGGAUUCGAGUAUGAAACCUGUACCUUUUCUAUCUUUUUAUAUUAUAUGAAAAAACUAUUAAAAAUUGGGUAUCAAAGACUACGGACAACGCGGAUAUGUUGGUCGAACUUACGUGGGUAGAUCAAAGCAAACUUGCAAAGAACAUCUAUAACACCUGUCAUUCGUAUUGUCGUUCCGUGUCUCCUCUACAAAAAAUUGUGCACGAUUCUUUUUCUCCGCUUUCGUUUGCUUGUAUAGAACGUAAAGCUAUUAACAGACAGCUGACAAGGCACGUGAAGCAACGCACUUUAGUUUGCACCUAAAGUCAAACAAAAGAUCAACGAGGAUCAACUGCACGAGGAGCCAUCAGAGAAAAUUUCAGGGUAAUAAGGCCGCGCGUGAAACCAGUCCGUUCUGUUUUAGAGGACCACUCGUAGUAUCAUGUGAAGACGGAAGGAGCGAGGAACGUUUCUCGUGAUCCCGGACGCGGUGAACUUGCCGAUCAGUUUCAGGCAUCCUCUCGGAUCACGGUUCCUGCGAUAUUGACAAUCGGAUAAGGCGAACGGAAAUCUUGUAAAUCUGUCGCAUUAUCUGCCGAGUAGCUUAUUUCCAAGAUGUCUUGUAUUCAUUAUCGGCAAGCAAACCCUCCAAAAGAAAGAAAUUACUUCGAUGGCCAAUACAAUCGCUAUGUGGCUCACUCUUACUCGCCGAGAGUCACAACUCCGGAGACUUAUAGAAGCGGUUAUUGCGCCGGGUGGAGGACGCUGGAAUUUCAGGGAAACGGCGCCGAAAUUCCGACGACAGCGAGGGCUGAUCUAUCGUAUGGAGACGCCCGAAUGCAAAGCGGAAGGAUGACGCCGACGUUAAAGCAAGAGACAAUGAAACACGGGGACACGAUCACGCUCGAAAAGAUACAAACGAAGAUCAAGUUCCUCGAGGACAGCAAUAUAGUUAUGCAGACGCGCAAUCAGAAUCUUAUCACCGAGAACAAAGCCCUCGCGUCUCAGUGAGUAUUAAUACGCGAACAAUGGACAACCUUAAUCGAUAUUCUUCCGGCUUGCACGUGAAUACACAGAUCGCCCGAUGAAAAAGGUGAUUGAGAAACAAAGAGCAUGAUUUUUUGCGGCUUGGUCAUUACUUGCGUCAUCCACAUCGAUCGUCCUUAAAAUACGAAUUUUUCUAUCCUUCGACAAAUUUAAAAAUAAUUUUCAGUCUAUUUUAUCAGUUACUACGUCUCAAUUUUCUAUCUGUUCUAUGUGCUAUCUACUUUCUUCAAAAAGUUUUCUUUGAUGUUUUCUAUCUACGUUUCAAAGAGAAGAUUUUAUUUUAUUUGUGUUCUGUGAAGUUGGUCGCGUCCAACUUCGUUUAUUAAAGCAAUAUUAUUGGAUCUCUUUGUACAGAGGCCGAAUUAAAAAAAAACCUUUAUGGUAAUUUUAAUUAGUGAUAAUGAAAAUACUUUUAACUCGUUUUAGAAUAAAAAUCUGCCCUUCGAAAGAUACAACGAGUCAAGUUUUUCAAUUGCUAUAAUUUUUCCCCGACGUUGUCUCUACAUCAUUGUCUGACCACGGUUUACGUUUCGCAUUCUGGUUUCGUAUUUAAUGACUUUCGACUGGCUUUUCUUACACACGCUCAUAUUUUCCUUUCUUCUCUUUUUCUAACCGAGAGCAAGUAUUCCGUGCGUUGAAUAAUCCUCGUUUCUAACGUACGGUCCCUUUGUAAGACUCAAAGAGGAACGGGACGAAGUGAAAAGGCUAGAGAAGAGGCUGACGUUGCUGCGAGAGGAACUUGAUUUCGAAAGAUCGAAGAUCGAAGGGAUGAAACAAGAGGCAGAAGAAGUCAGAAAAAGACAAAUGCCGAUGGUCGAAACAAAGGGAACGUCGACAACGAAUAUCAUAAUAUCUAAGACUGAUCGUGGAGUUCAAGUCUGGGCGGUAUGCAUGGCUUGUCAAAGAAAACUGGAAAGUUGCGAGAAACAACCACCCACCGUCAUCAUCACCAAAUCGGAAUUAGAAGUGUUGGAAAAAGAUAUGCAGACUCUUCGAGAUACCAUAAUCGCGCGAGAACAAGCAUGGGACAAGGCCAUGGAACGCGAGCACAAUUAUAGGCAACAGUUGACGCGACUCACCACGGAAACAAUCACGGCUCGUCACCUUUCCGACACGCGCUACGAAGAGCUCAAAACUGCGACAAACGCGCUGCAGGAAAAAGAAUCAGAAUUUAAAUCGACUCAAAAGGAUAACGCAUAUCUACAGAAAUUGAUCGCGAAGAUUUACAAUAGCUAUCAAAGAGGGCAAGAAGGAUAUCAAAGAAGCAAUUUGACAGCUGAUAUUAAUGAGAAAGAUCAAAGAUUUAUCGAAGACAUUGCUCGACGAGCAUCCAGCGGAAAAGGCAAACAGAAACCGAAAUUGAAAAGUUCCUGUUCGGAAAGAACCGCACAUUCUGCCGUUUAUCAACACAGUCCUCGUGACAAAAGUUCGAGAUCUGCUAAGGAUCAAGCAGGUUGUUUAAAAGAACCGAAGCGCUAAUGAUAACUCCUUCUUAACGAUAUCAGGAUCUUUUAUUGAAAAUAAGAAAAUAUGAAAUUUGUACAUGCCAAAAAUGCAAUUUUUAAGCUAAAUUAAUCUUUGAUCUUCGUUAUUUUAAUCGCAUAUUUAACUAUGACUGCAAGAACAAUCAAUAUUUGGAUUCGUCUGGAUUAAUCUAAUAAUCCCCAUAGGGAAUUUUAUGUAAAAUCAGAAGAUAAAUAAAUACCAUCGAUAUCGAAGGCGAUAAAGCCAAUACAUAGCUAUGAAAAGACUCAUUACUAUAAAAUUAUGAACAAUAUAAAAACAAUGAUAUCUUACCACAACACCUGUCGCGGGGUAAUAUAAACAAACGUCUAAUCACUUCGACUUUCUUCACUAAAAUGACAUCCCGCGCCCCGCCGCGGUUUGCUCAGUGAAUUUUGGUUAGCGAGAAAUGGGGAAACCUUCCAGCAAGUCGAACGUACAGAAAUACGAAUUUUCAAAUGUCAGAUUUCUGAAAGGGAUAUAUUUUCAGUAAUGAGCAUAUUUAUGUCCCAAACAAACAAAUAAUACAUUAGACCGAAAUACGCAAAUAUAAGUAAACGUAAACACGCGUAAGCUAAUUAAUUAAAGCUAAUUAAUUUGGAUGAACAAAAUUUAUGCAUUUGAAAUGUGGAUACCUGCGUUUAGACAUUUAAUAUACGUGUCAUCGUUUAAUUUGAUUAAAUAAAAUUGAUUAAUAGAUAGAAAGCAUAAAAAUCAUAAUUUUUAGUCUGAAAUAAAGUAGUAUUCUAGACCAGAAAAUUUUAAUUAUAUCUUAUAAAUGGGGAAGAGAUAAACGACAAAAAAGUAAAUUAUAUGUAUUUUGUCUGUUAUUAU